AAAAAUAAUUAAAUAUAAAUUUAAUAAAUAAGUUGUCAUUUGAUUGAUUGGAUCAAACAAAUUGAUGUCAACUAAUAAUAUGCAAAAUAACGACUAAAAGAGUUAACAUUUAGUUAAUGAUCUCUUCAAUCAAAUUAUUGAAAACAAUCCGAUUAUUUGGUCAUUCAUUGAGGUCAGUGUCGCGUACGGCCCGACACCCGAACCGAAUGGCAAAUAUUAAACCCCAAAAUUGUGACUUCUUUCUUGUACUGGAUUUUGAGGCCACUUGUAAUGAACCAAAACAAAUGGAUCCGAUGGAGAUCAUCGAGUUUCCCGUCAUUAAAGUCAAUGCCCAAAACUUUACCGCCGAACAAACUUUUCACCGAUACGUCCGACCAAAAGUUCAUACAAAUUUGACACCGUUUUGCACAAAAUUGACGGGAAUUAUGGACCAUAUGGUGGCCAAUGAGCCCACAUUUGAUGUCGUAUUCGCCGACUUUCAGCAAUGGCUACAUUCAGUUGGUCUCAUAUGCGAUGAUCUUCACAGACCUCUCAAGAAGUUUACAUUUGUUACUUGUGGUGAAUGGGAUCUUCAGCUAAUGCUUCCCUCUCAGUGCCAACUCUUGAAUCUCAGAAUACCAUUGUAUUUGAGGACUUGGGUUAACAUAAAGAAGUCUUACGCUAAUCAUUAUAAACAAUGGCCUAAAAGUUUAAGUUAUAUGUUGGAUGAGCUUAAGAUUAAACCAUUAGGAAGACUACAUUCAGGUAUAGAUGAUUGUCAAAACAUUGUUGCAAUUAUGAAGACUAUGGCCAAUGAGGGAGUUGUCUUCAAGAAUACUAGUUCCGAGUGGUGAUACUUAACUGCAUUGUUAUUUCAAACUUAUUUCAAUCAUAUUUAAAUUAAUCAAAUAUUGUAUAAUAUUUAUAAAUAUUAAAAAUUUAGU